AUGUUGACCGUUCGAUCUCUCCUGGCCCUCGGCCUGCUCACUGCCGUCGAGGCGUUUCCGGGUCCUCACUUGAACCCCCGGGCAAGGACAAAGGCCACUGGAGGAGGCAGGCAGAAGGCGCAGACGGCCUUUCAACAGGCGCAGCAGAUUCCACAGGGCAUCUCGACAGCGACUGAUGGAUCGACCAUUCUCGACAUGACCGCAGAGGUGAACGGCCUCCCUCUCCGAUUCAAGAUCUCCGGUCCCGCCGACCAAUUCACAACAGACUCGGGCGUCGACGGCGCGACACAGGACGCCAACGCGACGACGGGCACCCUGGGCCUGAACGUGCUCCUGCACGGCGACGGCGGGCAAUCCUUUUUCGACUUUCCCAACCAGGCCGUGCAGGCCAACCUGGCGGGCGUGGCGGUCCUGGCUCCCGACCCCAACCUCUUCUGGGGCGGAGGCUCGGGCCUCGACCGCACCGACGGCGUCGCCCACGCCCAGGCCGUCAAUGAUCUCGUGCAGACAGUCCUGCCCCAGGUCAUGGCCUUUAACGCCUCGCAGGUCUCCUUCACGGGCGUCUCGGGCGGCUCCCUCCUGCUCUCGGGCUUCUUCGUCCCCGCCCACAUGACCAAUUUCCAGGGCAACGGCGUGCUCCUCAACUGCGGCGGCCUGGCGCCCCAGGUGGAUUUUGUCGAUGCCGAUGCCGUGGCCGCCUCGACGCGGAUCCAUUUCCAGAGCACGCAGCAGGAGCUUGCCGAGCUGCAGCAGAGCAUCCCUCAAAGUGUCGCCGCCUAUGAGCAGGUCGCGUCCGAUGCUGGGUUGAGCGCCGACCAGAUUGGUACCCUUCAGACUGUCGACAACUCUCCCAAUGGCGGGCACUGCGAGUUUGACGAAAAGGACUUUGUCAGUGGUGUUCAGCUCAUGGCUGAUAGCUUUUCAGAUGUUAUGCAGGGUGGCACCGGACAGGUGAAUGGUGUUAAUGUGCUCAACCCUGUUGUUGGAAACGAGAAUCUUCAAUUUAGCGGCUAG